ACCAAUUCAACCAACACCUCGACACGAACGACAUCAACCAACACUCCGAAACCGUUCCACACAUUCCUCAACCUCCUACUCGAACCCACCCAAACCGCUACGACUCCCACGUUGAUCGACAAUGAGCCAUCAAUCCAUCAAUUCCACCGCCUCGCGCAAUAAUCUUUACCCUGCGACCGGCUCUUCUUCUGCUUCGGCAGGAUCUAGGCAGGCCGCAGGGCUCAACGACAACUCGGUUUCUCUCUUCGAUCUGGCUCGGAUCGCCGUCGCUGAGCAAGAUCAGAAAGAACGCUCCAACGGCGAAGACCAGGACGUCUUGGCGUUGGCUAGACUCGGAGGACAUGGAGGACACGUUUGGGUCUACAAGGACGCUUACUCGGGAGCACAAGACCACACAUCGGCUGCUUUCCUGACGGCCUCACAUCGGCAGUGGUUUUGAGGUCGGCAAGGAUAAAAUGCCUCCUGACAUUGUCGGGAGGUCGUCAGCGUGGGUGACAAACGCGCUGGCGCAGUAUCCCCCCUUCCCCCAUCAUCUCCAUUCCUCCCUCUCGCCUGCCCUCUCCACACCUCCCAUCAGCCUCUCUGGAUCAUCCUAUGCAUCUACCUCAUCCUUUGCUUCCACUCAACAUGAAGCGUCUCAGUCCUCGAACGGGUCGUAUGGCGCAGCGAGGAUCAACGUGGCCACCAGUCCCACAAGCCGUCCGAACAAUCUCGCUGCGUCCCCCGGAUCGUUUACGUCUUACGGAUCAGCCCAUAGUAACAAACCUGAUCACGCCCAUCCAUCACUCGCGGCCAUGAUGGCGAGCACCCAUCUCGCUGUCUCUGCACCCAACACUACCUCCCACACAACCAACAGCGGAAGCCAUCCGCAACAGCUCGUCGAUUUCAUCUCGGCGCUUUUCCCGUACCAAGCCACUCGAGCUCUUUCGCUAGCCCACCUCCUCGAGAUCGUGAUCCCCCAUGCCCCGCUCAUCGCGGGAGCCAUGAUCGACCUCCCUCCGACCCCGGUUCCUACUCGUGGCAAUAGACCCAAGUUCGAGGCUGGUCGAACAGUCUAUCUACAUCUUCCACCUCUACAUCCCGCUUCACACGCUGAGCAUGCUCAACUGGGAGACCAAGGCACACAUCACAACGUGGACAUCAGGGAUCACUUGACCUCGCUGCUUGACCUUGUCUCAGAGUCUCUUGAAGCGAGCGAGCUCGUCCUAGUCCUGAAGCGGAACGAGUGGCAUGACGAGGAGCUGCGAGAUCUUCUCCAUGCCCUCGCAUAUAUCGGGGGCGGUGUCCUCCGUCGCGUCAAAGGGGAUUUCGGAGGGUUUGACGAGAGGAGCUGGGUGUUAGUUGGAAUCGAAGUGUAGUUUUGCACUACAAAGUAUAGCCUUUUGCCAUUGAGAAUAUAUAAAGAAAGCUAGCGAGCGUCCCAAUUUGUAUCUUUCAAGCCUAGCACCGUUGUACUUUCAAAUUCAGCCACUCAAAUAAUGAUAUCAGAAAG